AAAAAGGUUUCAAUUCCAACUACAAAACACUCUUCUUCCCAAAAUUCAUUCCCUUUGCUCUAAUUUCAGUGUUUUUCUGCGUUUUCCCCAGGUUACGCUUUCUAAGCAAACAUGGCUGAUGAAACACCAAAUGAUUUGAAGGAGGAGGUUGCAGAUAUAGCACCAUUUGACCCUACUAAGAAGAAAAAAAAGAAGAAAGUUACUGUUAUAGAUCCUGCAGCUGAUGACUCGGUGGAUAAGUUGGCCCAGAAGACAGAAAAUCUGUCAGUUGCUGAUGAGGCGGAGUCUUCAUUUUCUGGUUUGAAAAAGAAAAAGAAGAAGCCGGUUGAAAUCAGUAACUUAAACGAGGAGAGUGGAGAAGCAGCUGAAGAUUUGGAAGAACUUCCUGAGGAAGAUGAAGAAGAAGCAGUUUCUUUGCAGCCUCGUUAUCCUUGGGAAGGGAGUGACCGCGAUUAUGAAUAUGAGGAGCUUCUUGGCAGGGUGUUUAACAUUCUACGAGAAAAUAAUCCAGAACUUGCUGGAGAUCGUCGAAGGACAGUUAUGAGGCCUCCUCAGGUUCUUCGUGAAGGCACAAAGAAAACUGUGUUUGUGAAUUUUAUGGAUCUAUGCAAAACGAUGCAUCGACAGCCUGACCAUGUUAUGGCUUUCUUGCUUGCUGAACUGGGUACUAGUGGCUCCCUAGACGGACAGCAAAGAUUGGUUGUUAAGGGAAGAUUUGCACCAAAGAAUUUUGAAGGAAUUCUGCGACGAUAUAUUAAUGAAUAUGUUAUUUGUCUUGGAUGCAAGAGUCCAGACACAAUACUUUCAAAGGAAAAUCGUCUCUUCUUUCUUCGGUGUGAAAAGUGUGGAUCGGGAAGGUCAGUUGCUCCAAUCAAAGCUGGUUUUGUUGCUCGUGUUGGCCGAAGGACUGCAGGGUCAUGAUUUGGCAUUACUUUUUAUUUGUGUUGAAACUGGUAAUAUGGUGAUAUACAUUUUUUAAUGGAUAAGCUUAGUUAUCCUUUUUGUUGGAUUGAAAUGUUUCUUUUAAUUAAAAACUGAUAAUUGCUCA